AUGCUGUUUCCCGAAGAGGAUGCGUCGCUACUCAAGGCGUGGAUCGUCAAGAGAAUCGAGAACACGUCCGACGCCGACUCCGAUGUCCUCGCCGAGUACGUGAUUGCGCUGCUCAAGCACGAUGGCAGCCCCGAAGACGUUCGCAAGCUCUGUGAGCAGGAGAUUCCCGACUUUUUGACAGAAGAUUCCAAAGCGUUUCUCGACGAUGUCUUCGAAGCCCUCAAAUACAGGUCCUACCUACCCGGUGCGGCUCAGCCGCCGAAGCCAGCGCCCACCAGUGCGCCGCAGCCGUCGCAGCUGCCGCAGCUUGCUAACAGCAAUGCGUCGGCCCAGGCAGGCUCGAGAAAGCGGGGACACGAUGACGAAGCCGACCAUUUCGAGCACGGCCAAGCUUCCGGUGGUCAGCGAGCUUUCAAGCAAGCACGACGAGGUGGGCGACGAGAGGCAGACGAUGCUCGCGCGGGACCUUUCUCCAUGAUACCGAUGGAGAUCCCGCAGUUCGACCCCAACAACCCCAUGGAGGCUCUCAUGCAGAUGCAGGCCAUGGGAAUGGCCUUUCCACCCAUGCAGGGCUAUGCGCAGCCGGGGUAUGGUGGCAGGAAUCAGAGGGGACAGCCCCGGAAGAGAGGUCGAUGCCGGGACUUUGACAACAAGGGUUUCUGCGCUCGUGGCAACACGUGCAUGUACGACCACGGGGAUGAGUCUGUCUUUGUGGCCCCAUCGGGCCCAGGAAACGAAGAAUACGAUCCCACUGAUAGCAGCCUGCCAAUGUUUCCGGCUCCGGCGCACAGCGGGCCUUUCCACUUCAAUCCCGAUACUACAAUAGUCGUGGAGAACAUACCCGAAGAGAGCUUCAGUGAGGAGCACGUUCGAGACUUCUUCUCACAGUUCGGAAACAUUGUGGAGGUGUCCAUGCAGCCGUACAAGCACCUGGCCGUUGUCAAGUUCGACAAGUGGGCCGCCGCAAACGACGCAUAUCGCUCGCCAAAGGUCAUCUUUGACAAUCGAUUCGUCAAGGUAUUCUGGUACAAGGACGACAAGGGUGGCAUGCCCGUGGCGCAGCCUGUUAACGGAUCUAACGGCUCUCAACACGGCAGACAGCCUGGUUCCGAAGGACCGGAGCCGGAGCCAGAAGUCGACAUGGAAGAAUUCCACAGGAGACAGGACGAGGCUCAGAAACAGUAUCAGGAGCGAGAGGCCAAGCGAGGCGAGCUCGAGCGACAACGCCAGGAGCUGGAGAAGCAACAGCGGGAUCUACUUGCAAAGCACCAGGAAGAGACUGAGCGCCUGCGGAACAAACUGUCCGAGAGAAGCAGUGACGGCACUGGCAGUGAGCAACGCUCUGGAUCUACAGGCACGGAGGCUCUAAAGAAGCAGCUUGCAGCGCUUGAGCAAGAAGCCAAGAUCCUCGGUAUCGAUCCCGCUUCUGCCGAAAACGGCGCUAUGCCUGGUUUCCGUGGCGGCUUUCGUGGACGACGGGGAUUUCGAGGUCGAGGCGGGUUCGCCCCGAGAGGACGAGGUUCUUUCAGAGGACAGGGUGCCCGUCACGCGGCGUACGCGCAGUUCUCUAUCGACAAUCGCCCGAAGAAGAUUGCCAUCAAGGGAGCGGACUUCACGCCGACAGACAAGGAUGAGCUGCUUCGACACUUCCUUUUAAACCAGGGGGAAUUCUCGUCAGUUGAGACUAGCCCAUCCGUCACGCACGUGUCGUUCCCAGACCGCAAGACAGCCGAGAAGAUUUACUUUAGUCUGCACGGCAAGGAAUUGCCCGGCGUGGAGGGCAAGCUUGACCUGACGUGGGUGAACACGCCGCUGCCGCCGUUGCCUGUGAACAAGCCGCAAGAGGAUGUUUCCAUGGGUGUGCCUGACGACACUGUUGGCCCGGCCGAGAGCGCUCAAGAGCACUUGAAGGAUGAGCACGCUCCGAGAGAGGAGCGGCGCCAUGUGGACAUGGACUACGAGGUCGGCGACGACGACGGUUGGGGAGACAGCAUCCAGUGA